CGUAGAGAUUUAGCGCUAGGUACUAAUCUAAUAGUAAAUGCAGUUUAAAUUAGGUCCAUAGUCCGUAUACGUACCUAUUAGUCGUGUUAUAGAGUCUAGUUCCUAACAGUAUUACUUACUAAUAAAUUUUGGUAUAUAUUUCGUUAUAAGCUCAGAAAAGUACAAGGAUAGGCAAUUCACACAUGAUCUAUAUUAUAUAAAAUAUAUUAUAAUCAUGUGACAUACUGACUCUUAAUGUUUCAGUCUGCUAGUAGUAAAUAUGUAUAAUUUAAUCGUGAGUAAUAUAACAAUAACCGAUUACGACACCUUGUAAAUUUUAUAUGAAACAAACAAUUUAUAAACUUCAUGACCAAAAAAAACACACUACACGAAUAAAAAUACAAUGUCAAUUCGACACUUCAACUCAAUCAUUCUUUUCUCAAUUUCAGGAGCUGACCAUGCGAGUCUGACCACCGACCACCAUGGGAAUCGUAACCGCGGUCACCGCGGCCACCAAGUCCGCGCUCACCAUCGCAGGGAUCAGCAAACUGACUUUCAUCCCCGCCAUGUUGGCAGCCAUGGCGUACUUCAACUACGAACUCCUCGACCCAGAGAGCAGACCCUUCAACCAGAAGUAUUUGAGAGAAGAAUACGACUUUGUUAUCGUUGGUGGAGGUUCAGCCGGAGGGGUGCUUGCUAAUAGACUGUCAGAGAUCGAAGGAUGGAACGUUCUGCUGUUAGAAGCUGGUGGACAUGAAACGGAUAUAAGUGAUGUUCCAUUGUUGUCGCUGUAUCUUCACAAGAGUAAACUGGAUUGGAAAUAUCGCACCCAGCCCCAAGACUCGGCUUGCCAAGCGAUGAUUGACAAGCGCUGCAGUUGGACGAAAGGAAAGGUCCUCGGAGGGUCGUCAGUUCUCAAUACCAUGCUCUACAUCAGGGGGAACAAGCGAGACUUUGACCAGUGGGAGUCCUUCGGGAACCCCGGUUGGGGGUACGACGAUGUUCUGCCUUACUUCAAGAAAUCUAUGGACCAGCGGAACCCUUACUUGGCCAAAAACAAAUAUCAUGCGACUGGUGGCUACUUGACCGUACAAGACGCUCCGUACAACACACCUAUCGGCGCCGCUUUCAUUCAAGCUGGCGAAGAGAUGGGCUAUGACAUUCUGGAUGUCAAUGGUGAGAAGCAGACCGGCUACGGCUGGUACCAAUUCACCAUGAGACGUGGUACCAGAUGUUCCGUCGCUAAAGCCUUCCUUCGUCCUGUCAGGCUCCGACAAAAUUUGCACGUUUCUCUUUUCUCGCACGCCACCAAAGUCCUGAUAGACAAAGACGGCAAGAGAGCUUAUGGGGUGGAAUUCCUCAGAGGUGGUGAGAAAAAUGUCGUAUACGCGAAGAGAGAAGUCAUACUAUCUGCCGGUGCAAUUGCCUCCCCACAAUUGCUUAUGCUCUCUGGAGUCGGACCAGCGAAACAUUUGAAGGAAGUCGGCAUUGACGUCAUACACGAUUCUCCUGGCGUCGGAAGAAAUCUGCAAGAUCACAUCGCCAUCGGUGGGCUGGUGUUCCGCGUAGAUUAUCCAGUUAGUUUAGUCAUGAAUAGACUUGUUAACAUAAAUUCUGCUCUGCGAUACGCUGUAAGCGAAGACGGGCCUUUGACAUCCAGUAUUGGUUUGGAAGUGGUCGCUUUUAUCAACACGAAAUAUGCCAAUGCUUCUGACGACUGGCCUGAUAUCGAAUUUAUGAUGACGUCGGCGUCAACACCGUCAGAUGGCGGCACUCAAGUAAAAAGAGCCCAUGGACUGACCGAUGAGUUUUAUAAUGAAGUAUUUAGUGAAAUCAGUAACACUGACGUUUUCGGUAUAUUCCCUAUGAUGUUACGACCCAAAAGUAGAGGUUUUGUAAAACUGCGUUCAAAGAAUCCUUUAGACUAUCCCAUAAUGGUCCAUAAUUACUUGACACAUCCUGAUGAUGUCGGAGUUUUGAGGGAAGGAGUGAAAGCUGCCGUAGCUGUUGCCGAGACUAAAGCUAUGAAGCGCUUUGGUGCAAGAUACCAUGACAAGCCUCUACCUAACUGUAAACAUCUUCCUCUGUACACCGACGACUACUGGGACUGUCUCAUUCGUCAGUACACAAUGACCAUUUAUCAUGUAUCUUGUACGGCUAAAAUGGGACCAACGAGUGAUCCAAUGGCGGUACUUGACCCUAGACUUCGAGUGUACGGUAUAGAAGGGUUGCGUGUCAUAGACGCGAGUAUAAUGCCUACGAUAACGAACGGGAACAUAAACGCUCCAGUCAUAAUGAUUGCUGAGAAAGGAGCAGACAUGAUAAAAGAAGACUGGAUGAAGAAGCCGAAACCAAAACUUAAACGCCGGCGCAGGACGCUUAAGUGUUCUCCAAUGGAUGAGUUGAAUCGCUUAUUAAAAACAAACAGACAUAAUCUACUCUGCAAGGUUGAAAGAUGACGGUGAAAGGGCGGCUAGUGCAAUUUUAAGCCAUAAUGUAGUUUUAGUAGAAUACCAAAAUGAAAUCAAAGAAUAAGUAUGAAGUGAAGUAUAAUACGUUGAGAACAGUCGGCUUGUAUGCUACCAUUUUGCCUUUUUUACUUUCAAUACGGGUAAGAUUGAGCAAGAUGAUUGCACAACGUACGUCGGUUUGUGUCUCUGCCUAUUCGCUUUAUACGAAAGAUGUGUUUGUUUAUAGAAUAGUAAAAACUCUUAAUAGUAUAGAAGUCAUUACCGUUACUUCUAGUCUCAAAAACGACGUAGUGUAAUCUCAACUCAUAUGGGUUGGUUGUUGUGUGAGGUGAUUAGGCGAAUGGUCCACCCUAGUAGAGUAUGUAAUGACAAAUAUAUUCGUAUCAGACAAAAUCUCUGGUCGAUAAGUGUGUGUGACAGUUAGGUAUAAUAAUGUAAUGACAGAAAAUUGUAUAUAAUGUGAUACGGGGUUAAUUGUAUUUUUGUGUAUAAAUGUAUAUAAACAUAUUUUAUAAAAAUAA